AUGGAACCAUGAAUUGAUCCCGGAUGAUGGCAAGGGAGAAAUUCGAAAGAGGUGAGAGGUGAGGACAUGAUGCCUAAGAAGCUACUUAGCCUGUUUCACCGGCGAUUUAGCGCUGAAUGGCCUCUAGCCCCCGCCGCUGCCAAAGGGAACUCCCCCUGCUAAAUAGCCGUGGUUCACACAUGAGAAUCAGGGCCUCACAGAGGCGCUUUGCUAAGCUGCAGCGCGAAUUGGUGCAACACUACUUCCCCGCGGAGCACCUCGGCUGGCGAGGCCCUAGAAACUGUUCUUUAAGCAAUGAGUAGUUAUCCCGACAUGCGUCUCGGCUAGGCUGCUGUGGGCAUCUAAUUUUUCGGGUCAAAGCGAAAGCCUAGAAGGUUGGCGAUUAUGUUGAGGGUG